UUUGAAAGUGCCCAUUCUGCAGUGACUGCUGGGAAGAGAUACAGUUAAAAGGGAAAUAAAUAACAAACUGAAAAGGUGAACAUCAAAAUAAGCCCUUUCUCCAGAUGCAAUGGCUGACAAUGAUAUGUUAGAAGACCACGAGAAGAUAAGGAGAAGUCUUGUGAAGGUUCUAGAAUGCGUGGCCACCAUCUCAUCAGCAGCAGCGGUGGUCAAUCCCAUCUUUGGCGUGGCCGGCUCUCUCAUUCGAGUGGUGCUUCACCACGUGGACGAUGAGGAUAUUCAGAAACUUAAGCGUGAGUUUGGAAGUGUGAAUCGAGCCCUGGAUGAAAUUUCACAGCAGAACCAGAACGUACUGCUUCAGAUCAGGAAGGAGACGGUGGAUGGCCUGUACUCCCGUGUGGAAGAGAACAUUCGCACUCAGUUCAACAAAUUCAUGGACACUGUCGAGACUUCGCCGGCACACCAGCAGCGCCAGAAAGAAUUCGAAAUGUGCUUUAUGAUCAAUCAGUCUGACCAAAACCUGCACUCACUUUAUGAUGGUGUGAUGGCCGAAUCGAAGGUCUUUAGCCAGCCCAUUCUGGAGGUGUACAUGAAGCACUCGCAGGGGGACCAGUGUGUCAUGGAGAAUCUCUGCAGGCGGCUCAUCUACCUGUUCUGCAUUGGUCUCAUUGCUCUGAUGAGUUAUGCUGCCAUCGUGGGGGAUGAUGAGGAAAGUCUGCGUAUCGAGUGGGAGGAGAAAAUGAAAGAUGUGGCCAAAAGGAUGUCAGAGGUCCUGAGCAGUCCUGAGUGAUCUUUCAAUAAUCCAUCCAUCCAUCCAUCCAUCCAUCCCAUCCAUCCAUCCAUCCAUCUAUCUAUCUAUCUAUCUAUCUAUCUAUCUAUCUAUCUAUCUUUUUGUCCAGAAAUCACUCAGAACAUCCUAGCUACCUCACAGCAACAUAGCCACCAGGCAAAUGACAUCAAAUUACCAAAAGAGCAAUGCUUACUUUAGUACUGCCUAGCACCCCAAGUCAACCGGCCAAGGACAACCUGAAAGUAAAAAAAUGUGUCAUAAAAUAGUGUUGCAAAAUCUAUAUAUUCUAUCUUACCUUCUUUCAUUGUUAUUCUUAAAUGAUAUCAUGUACUAUGCAGCAGUAGUAUGAAUAAAAUGGUGAAGAAUGAACACACUUUGACAAUCAUUUGUAAAAAAGAGAGAAUGUCCCAUUGUGUAAUAGUGUCUUGGUAACUUAAAGAAGUAAUUUAAAUAAUAGCAGAAACACCUUACCCAAAAAUAAAAUGAGGAAAACUCACUAUUGUGAAGGACAAAGUGACUCCUAAAAUUAAGUACCAAACUGUAAAGUUUGAUUGUAUUUGAUAAUAUUGUAUUUUUAUCUGAAUUGAUUUCUACAGCAGUCUAUGACAGAACACAAAGAACCGAUUUUCACCCUCUGGAUGUGCAUAUCAUGAAAAUUACUUUGCCACUUAAAGGUCCAGUCAGUGAAAUCUAGUGGCAUGGCUUUAAACUGCAACCAACCGCUCACUCCCUUUCGAAACAUUUCAAUGGCUGACAGAACAUGGCGAAUUGAAAAGGGGACGCGCAGUGUAUGUAGAUAGAAAUAGCUCAUUCUAAGGUAAUAAAAACAUAACUCUUCAUUAUGUAAGCUCUUUGUACACCUCUGAAGACAUACUUAUGUAUAUAAUAUUGCAUUUCUGUCAAUAAAUCCUAUAAAAUUA